CUCAAGAAACUUGCUUUCAGUCGUCUUACGGCAUGUUCAUCAUGCCGCAAUCCACACUUGGGUGGCAGCGAGCCAAGCAUUGGAAGCGGCGCAGAGGGGAGUUCCCUCGUUGUGAGUUUGGUGACUGUCUUUUACCCCAGUCAAAUCCCCUACAUCACCCACUUAGAAAGAAGCUAAGCUGAGCUAGACAGACCAAAGAGGUCAAAUGAACGCAUCUUGGCCUAGUUGACUGCCUUAUAACACUGGGUCUCAUGAUCCAUCAGGCUAAUCAAGACUGAAACGCCGUAAAUGCAGGAGAUUGUUCUCGGCCACCAUCCAGCACUCCAUAGAGUUUGUACAACGUCGUCGUUCAACGGUUGACAAAGCCUCGGCAUCCUUCAGCCCUAUGGACUUACACCCUCGCCCUGCUCCAGCCUGCUGGGUGGGAAGCGUGGAACAACGUGGGAUGUGGGUGUGGCCAAAUCCGCCCCGUCGGCUCUGCGCUAGACCGGAUAAACGUACGCAGUGCGUCCUUCGUGUCGACUGCUUGCUUACGUCCUGGGCAUCUUGGACCUCUCGUCCGCCCCCCCAGAUGCUCAUUUUGUCCCAGUGUCAGCGUGACCGAGUCUCAUUUCGCCUACCCUCCCCAUCCCGUUCUGGAACAGCACAUUCUCUGGAUGUAGAUUGGACAAAAUCCGCGCGAGCCACACCCCAUACCCAAACAAGUGGCCCCGCGUUCGUCGUCUCUCUGUCCCUAAGCCUCAUAGAUGGGGGCCGUUUCCCAGCCUCUCAGUGUCCUCCAAGGCCUUUUGUCCUGCUCAACUUACGUGUUCUAAGUUGUCCGCUCGGCCGGCCCCGACAUGCUUGCAACCCGGUACCAAACACCGGUGGAUGUAGUCGCUCACAUGACGGACCAUCUCGGCGGGACUCUUACCACCCUCCUUCAGUCGGCGAGUGGCAGCCAGGCAGCAAGCCCAGAAUACCUCUUGGUACUGCUGAACACAGUACCAGGCUACUGAUAGUUAGUUGAACAAGAGGUCUUCAACUCAUUCAUACCAUCGGCCGGACGGUUGACGACUUGUUGCCUGGUUUGAUCGACUGGUUACACAGCGGCUUGGAGCGAGGCAUA